AUGACGACCCAAGCUUACUUGGAGCGCUAUCGCCAGCUAAGCGCCUUGGACCAACAGAAGAAUGAUUUCAUCGAGGAACUUCUACAACGAGUGACCGCUCUAGAAAACUCCUUCCAGCAAGAGAAACUCGACCAUGAACGCGAGACUCGGUUCAAUCGUGAUAUUCAGGUGCAUGAAAUGGAGCUGAUGGAGCAAAUAUCAGCAGUCAAGAAUAUGAUGGACCGAGAACCAUUUGUCGUUUUGCUUUUAGAUGGCGAAGGGAUUAUAUUCAAGGACGAGUUUUUGCAACUAGGCGAACAGGGUGGGCGCAAUGCGGCGAAGCAACUUUGGAAAUCUCUUCAGGGCUAUGUGACGACAAAUCUCUCGACGAUCACCGAGCCGAAGAUAAUGACGAAAAUCUACCUUAAUGUGAAGGGACUCAUCGAGACUUACAUCCGGGGUGGAAUCAACCUAGAGCCUUCCACACUCAGUGAAUUUAUUCGCGGGUUCAAUGAGAGCGCAUCCUUUUUCGAAAUUGUGGACGUUGGAACUGGCAAAAGCAAAGCGCACGAUAAAAUCAAGGAGGCAUUCAAGCUUUACUUAUACAAUUGCCAUUGUCAUCAACUCUUCCUCGGUUGUCCCUCGAAUGAAGAAUAUGCUCGAUCAUUGACAGAGCUCAUCUCUGGUGCGAAUUAUAAGGGUCGGGUCUCGCUGGUUGAGGGCCUUCCACUCGAGAAGGAGUUUGAUUAUUUCAGGGAGCAGGAAUAUCGAAUCACCCAAUUUCCAGAUGUCUUCCGCACCACAAAGAUUACCCCAAUUUCAUUGAACCCACCAAGUGCAUCGGGUGCAGCACCGACUUGGACUGCUCCUUGGAAAAGCGCGAUACCUUCACGGACUUUGCUCACACCUUCGCCAACCCAGCAAUUCCAAACGCCCGCUCCACUUUCAAGAACAUCUACCAGUACGAGUCUGUCAAAUCUGGGUGUCCCGUUGGCCCCAGUCACGAAUAAAUCGGAUCCUUCUGACUUCCAGGUUGUUCGGUCCAAGGUGCCUGGUGCAGCCCCCCCAAAGACCGUGGAACGAAAUAAGUACGGCCAGCGUGUUGAUCGACUUGAUUUCAAGAGCAUCCCUCGUGACGACCUUAACAAAUUGAAGAAGCUCAAGCUGUGCAACUAUCACUUCUUGCUCGGCGAAUGCCCUAAUGAAGAAAAUUGCUAUCAUGACCAUGAUCGCAAAUUGUCCCGCCAAGACCUGCACAUUUUGUCCGCUAUUGCCCGCAUGACACCAUGUCGCUUUGGUCUAGAAUGCGAUGACGUUGAGUGUAUCUAUGGCCAUCGUUGCCCUCAGAGUGAGCCUGGUAAAAAGACUUGCUUCCGAGGCGAUACCUGCCGCUUUGAGCCUAUCGCGCAUGGUAUUGACACAAACAUUGUGAAAGUUACGAAAAUCUGA